AUGACUCAAAAUCCAAGCCAAGGAAGCCAAAAGAAUAUCUUUCAGCAGAAGGAUCUUGAAAAGUCCCACGAUAUUCUUACAUGCACCAUCAAGGAACCGCCAUUCUCAUUCGCUCACCUGGAGCUUAUCACAAACGCUCUGAGCAGCUCAUCUGUCACCCUUGAUGAUCUCUCACUAAAAAGCUACUGCACCGCUGCUUGCCGCCAGUUCCUAGGGACUACGGGUGCAGCUAUUUCGACCGAUAUUCUCAAAGUCGAAAACAACCAUGCAUGGGUCCGCGUCCCCAGACCAGACCUAGGCUCUUUCGCUGCCGCCAUUACAGCAUGGCGAGGCACAAGCGACAAUGGCGAACAGGUUAGCCUGCAAUUACGACAAUGUUCAGACUGGCUAGGCGCCAUGGUUGGCGCAGACGGGCAACAUCGGCUGUGGAAUUCUUGA